CAUAAAUUAUAACUAAUCAAUCAAUUGAGCUAUUAAAAAUUUCCGGUAUGAAUAAAUGUUUUUAUGUUUCAAUGGCCCCAAAAAAAAAAAUGCUAAAGAGAAAAGGUAAAAGUAAUUAAUUUUUUAAAAAAUAAAAAAGAAAUAGAUGAGAGUAGGGUUAGAGGAGAGAGAGAAAAGGAAAAAUAGGCCUUGCUCUGAUGGAGUUUACAUUUUAGCAUUGAACCGGAACCGGCUUCAGCUGAAUAGCUUGCUCCUGCUUUUCUCUACUCUCCAUCAAUCUAGUGUUAAUCAUGCUCGCUGCUAGACUUUUUGGGAGGACAUUUUUGGCGGCGGCAAAAUCAGAGAGUUCAGCCGCUGCAGCAGCUGCUUCUUCUGCUGCUACUGAUAAAGCCUUUAAUCCACUUGAGCAGUUCUUUGAAUUGGAUAGAACUCCAGAGGAUGAUAAGCCUGUUGUCUAUGGUCGAGGUUGGAAGGCUUCUGAACUGCGUUUGAAGUCUUGGGAUGAUCUGCAGAAGUUAUGGUAUGUUCUUCUGAAGGAAAAGAACAUGUUGAUGACUCAACGCCAGAUGCUUAAUGCUCAGAACCUGCGUUUUCCUAAUCCAGAGCGUAUUUCCAAGGUAAGGAAGUCGAUGUGCCGAAUCAAGCAUGUUCUUACUGAGAGAGCAAUUGAUGAAGCAGAUCCAAGGAGGUCAGCUGAAAUGAAGAGGAUGAUAAAUGCUCUCUAAUUUUCAUUCGGUAGUAGUGUUUAUAUACCCUUGUAAUCAGCAUUUCGAUUUACCUCUUUUCUAUUAGCUCCACAUGUCGGGAAAUCACCUUUUAUGAUAGUAAACUCUAUGGACUAGUUCACUAGGAUGUAAUGGAGAUUGGCAAUUUUGGUUUGAAAGAUUUGAUCGUGCUGAAAAUAAAAACCAAACUCUAGUGUCUGUGCACGUGUGGUGGUUGACUGACACAUGCUUGUGAAAUGCUGCCGCUCUAGUACUUAACAGAGGCACCUUAUUUUAGUUUGGUAAGGUACUAGUGGAGAAGUUAUUGCUGUAAUUAAAGGGUGUGCAGUGCAACACACGCAUGUGGAGCCUUUCUGGCUGAUAUUUACUUCAUUCAAUAGCAUAUCUCACGUUGCUUGCUGUGGAA